UCAGUGGGUCUCUGCUGACCUCCCGGGCACCACGGAUUACAUUUACACCAACAGAAUUUCAGCAGAAGGAGCAGUGAAGACACCGGACUCGGUAAGCUACUGCCAAUAUGAGCCAGGCGGACGUGAGCUGCUCGGCGCGUCAGCGCGUCUUUCAGGAAGCUUUGCGCAAAGGCAAUACUGCAGAGCUGCACUCACUUCUGCGCAACAUGACCAACUGCGAGUUUAACGUUAAUUCAUUCGGACCAGAAGGCCAGACCGCCCUGCACCAGUCCGUCAUUGAUGGAAAUCUGGAGCUGGUUAAGCUGCUGGUGAAGUUUGGCGCAGACGUGCGCCUGGCUAACCGGGACGGAUGGAGCGCACUGCACAUGGCGGCGUUCGGCGGCCACCAGGACAUCGCACUGUACCUCAUCACGAGGGCCAAGUACUCCUCCGGAGCGCUCUGA